AUGGAGCCUUCCCCAUUCAAUAGAAGGCAAUGGACCUCCCAGUCUUUGAAAAUCACUGCAAAAGAGCUUUCCCUGGUCAACAAGAACAAGUCCUCGGCGCUGGCGGAGAGGUUCUCCAAGUAUCAGAAAGCUGCUGAAGAAGCCACUGCAGAGAAGAAGAGAAAUAACGCAGAAAACCUACCCGUUCAUUUUACGAGAGGGAAUCUGAGCGUGCUGAAGAAGAAGUGGGAGAAUCCGGUGCUGGGAGCGGAGUCUGGGAAGGAAACGAUCCGGAGCAGCUGCGCUGAGGUGAGGCACAAGGUUGGGACCGGCCGCGCCCCAUCGCCAUCCCCGGGGGCUGGAGCUGCCCCUGGCCAUCCGCAGUGUCCCGCUGGUGUCAGCACAGAGCCCCAGAGCCGCUGCCGAGAGGGUGGCAGCAUGGAAAACUGUGUGAGAGAGCCCCGUGAAAUGGAAAAACCCGAAGCCGGCGAAAGGUCGGAGUCUCCGGGGCGGAUCGAGAAGUACAACGUGCCUCUGACCAAACUCAAGAUGAUGUUCGAGAAGGGUGAAGCCACUCAGCCCAAGGGCCCCCGGGAGCCACGGAGGGCAGCUGUGGGCAGGAGGAUUUCGGAGAACAGCCUCUCCUUGGACGACUGCGAUGCUGCCCGAGGAGAAAGGAGCCACAGCACAGCAGGGUAUCUCGAAGAGACCAGUCCAGGACUCAGCCCAGACAAGGCAGAGACCAGGAAGAACAUGGACAUGCCUCGUUUAUCAGAGACAUCAAUAAAGGACAGGCUGGCCAAGUACCAGGCAGCUGUGUCCAAGCAGGGCAGCUCCUCGGGCAUCAUUCCUAUGAAUGAGAUUCAAGCCAGUGAGAGUGAACUCAAGAAUUACAAAUCUGGGCAGAAGGAGAAUAUGGCACCAAUUGAGGACUCCAGUUCCUGUCAGGAUGGGGAGAAGGUUUCUGUAGGUGAGAACAGCUUGUCUUUGCACUCUGGUCUGCUGGAGGAUGGCCAUGCUGGACAGUCAGAGAGUGAGGCAGAAGCUCAGAGAGCUGUCAGCUCGAAGCAGCAGAACCUUGGUGCUAAAGCAGCUGGGCAGACAGAGGCCUCCCCACCGAAAGGCGUGAAGAAGUUCCAGUUGCCAAUGAAGGAAACCUGUGUUGGGUGUCAGAAGACCGUGUACCCCAUGGAAAGGCUCUUUGCCAACCAGCAGGUGUUUCACAUCAGCUGCUUCCGCUGCUCCUAUUGCAACAGCAAACUCAGCCUCGGGACGUACGCGUCUCUGCGUGGGAACAUCUACUGCAAGCCUCACUUCAAUCAGCUCUUCAAGUCCAAAGGCAAUUAUGAUGAGGGCUUUGGACAUAAGCAGCAUAAGGAAUUGUGGGCAGGUAAAACUGAAUGUGAAGAAUCCCCAGAGAAAACAGUCCAUGGUGUGAAUGCACCAGAAACUCCACAAAGCCCAGGAGUAGAGGAUGCCCCAAUUGCAAAAGUGGGAGUUCUGGCAGCAAGUAUGGAAGCAAAAGCUUCAGCUGUGCCUGAAAGAGAAGAAAGACCAGCAGAAACAAAAAAGCUCAGGAUCGCCUGGCCACCUCCAUCUGACCAAAGUAUCCAAGGAAGUGCCUUAGAUGAGGGCAUCAGAGUACUCAAACCCAAGUGGCCUCCAGAAGAAGAGAUUUCCAAGGCAGAUGUGCAGGAGGAUGUGGAUCUGGAUCUCAAAAAGUUAAGAAGAUCUUCCUCGCUGAAGGAGCGAAGUCGCCCCUUUACAGUUGCAGCCUCAUUUAGAACAAUGUCUGUUAAAGGCCAUAAAGCAGAGAAUUCACUGUCUCCUAAGGAAGAGAGAGACACGUUGAAAAGGAAUGAGGAACUGGAGAGAGAGGUUGUCAUAGAGAAAAAGCAAAAGGAAAAGAAGGUUGAGCGUAGGAACAUCCAGAACACCGGGGAGAAAAAUGUGGAUGAAGAACAGGAAUUGUCUGGUAUCAAAACAGUGGAGCAUAAUGUUGUAGAGAACGGCCAGAUGAAUGCAGACACAGAUGAGGAAGAACACCCUACGGAGGAGCCAGAAAUUGCAAAGGAAGAACUCCUUGAACCAAAUUCUCCUAAACAUUCCAGCUUAGCCAAUGUUGUGACCGCCAAGGAAUCAUCUCCAAACCAGAAUCGCAAAUCCCAAGACGUUGGUUUUUGGGAGGGUGAAGACAUGGAAGAUCUAUCUGUGGAAGAGCAGAUCAAAAGGAAUCGCUACUAUGAUGAUGAUGAUGAUGAAUAA